AUGGGCCAGAAGAAAUCGAAUCCGGCACGAUUCUCUGGCCUCGGGCGCUUUCUGCAAGCUCUUCAAUCUACUACUCCUCAUGACUGUAUCCUGGCAGCGGGUCCUUCGUCUGCGUCUACUUCUCAGGUAAAUCGCGACGAACACGGCGAACCUCCCGCAAAACGGCCGCGCUCGAGCUCUCCAACUCGAAAUACGGUUCCAAACCCUGUGGACUCGGUCCCUCGAUACACCGAAGAAUCUGAAGUUCCCGAGCAUCUACGAAAAUACUUCGGCCAACGAACGCGUCUGUUCUCUCGAUAUGACGAGGGAUGUCUUUUGGAUGAAGAGGGCUGGUAUAGCGUGACUCCCGAAGCUAUCGCGGACCAGAUAGCCGAGCGCUGUAGAUGCGGCACAGUUCUCGACGCCUUCUGUGGAGUCGGAGGGAACGCGAUUGCAUUCGCGAAGACUUGUGAGCGAGUGAUUGCUUUAGACAUCUCGCCCACACGUCUGGCACUUGCGCGCCACAACGCUGAGAUAUACGGCGUGGCGGACCGCAUCGAGUUCAUACUUGCCGACUUCCUGUCCUUUGCGCGUACAUUGCGACCCACUGGCACUGGAUCACUAUGUACGGACUACCCGGACCCUGCAACCCGCAAAAUCGACGUUGUAUUCCUGAGUCCGCCGUGGGGAGGUCCCUCAUAUCUGGCCGGGUCAGCUCUUCCCGGCUCUACCGCGGAAGAAGACGAAGCGACGGCGGAAGUCAAGCACCCGGAGUUUACACUCGACUCUGUUGCACCUAUACAUGGUCGCGAGCUAUUCGAUGUGGCGCGACAGAUCUCACGGAACGUCGCAUACUUCUUACCGCGCAAUACGCGCCUCGAAGAGAUAGCCGCGCUUUUGCCUCCUCCGAGUUCACUCUCGAGUGACUCGACUCAACCGGUCAAGGCUGGGAAGAAGCGCAAGCAUGCCGAGACUGCGGAGGAUGAUUAUGUUGGUGAGAGGGUAGAGGUUGAAGAGGAGUGGAUGGGGACGAAGUUGAAGGCGUUGACAUGCUAUUUUGGUGGUUUGGUCGCUGGUCAGGAGGAGUUGUGGUAG